GCAUACCUACUGUACCGUACUAUGUAACCUGGUCUCCACUUACUUGAUCGGUCUCAUAUUUUCAAAAACGGCAAAACGCCAAAGCAAACUAUUAAUACAAGCCCACAAAACCAUGAACCAUUAUUUCUUGCACGAGCUAGGGAAGGGUGUGCAACUAGAGUACACUCUGGUCCAAGAUCAUGCUAGAACGCAUACUAGUGCCUUUCAACAGAGCGAUACUAGCAUUGCUGCUAGCAGCAGAGGACGCAGGAGAAGACGUUCCUACCUAGCUAGUUCCUCUGUAGUUGCUGCCGCUACCACUAGCAAUGCCACGGGUAGUAGCGCAGGCACGACUACAGAGGGUGCUGCUGCAGCAGCACGGAUACCCCCAACUGAUACCCCCUUGUUUCUACCUGCAGGAAUACCUCCUCCUCCCGCCUCCUCCAGCACUACUAAUAGCACUGCAGCUACUGCAAGCACAAGCACAACGACGAGUGCAGGUCCCACUAGCCGCUGGGAUAGUGCGUGCGCGUCUCGUCAAAACGAUUCUCCCCGCAAAGCAACCACCUUGAGAACUCCUCCUUCCAGGUCGUACUCUUCCUGCGACGAACUAUCCGAGUCUACCAGUGAGGAGGCGGAAUCCUCCGAGAGUAGCCACAUUUGGCCGGAUCACUUACCUACCAGUAGCAUUGGCAGCACUAGUAAUCACCAAACUCCUCCUCAAGACCAGCACCAAGAUCUCUUUGCAACGGUUUGGUCCAUGUCCCAGAGCGACCGUUCCAAUGCUACCGGCACGAAUUCCAGGCGGGGUAGACCGUGCAGCAUUCAAAAGUCGCAGAGCUGGCCCAGUCACUUUCAACAGUACGACCUCCUGCACCCACUCAGAAGUAGCAACUUGCAGACACUUGCUUUGGCAGCUCCGGCGCAGGGCCCAUUCCUUCCCGACGCUUCCUCGCGUCAAAGAGCUGGAUCGCUUCCAGAUCAAGCCUUGGAGACAACGCUCCGAACGAUGGCGUGUCAGGAAUGGCAGAAAAAACGAGCCAGCUCUUUUCCUGCCACCACGGCGGCCCAGAUGAUUCGCGGCAAUCGGGCACUGGUGCAACGAUCCGCGUCCCUGCAAAACUGGUUCACGGCUCCAUCUUGCAUGUCGUCGACAUUGGGCGGUGGCGGUGGUGGUGUGGGAGGUGCUCCCAAUGAUAUCCUGCAGUCCGUCUUGAAUGAUAUUGAUCAGCUCGCGGGCGAAGGGAGCCUUCCGUCUUCCUCUUCGCCAUCGUCAUCCUCCUCUUCUGUGUCGUCCAAGGCGGCGUGAGCUAAAUAAAGAUAUAGAUAGAUGCGAUGACACGAUCAUCAGCCAUAAUAGACUGUCUGGCUAAGCAUAGAAAGACUAUAACGAUAGAAUUGCAGAGCUUCCGA